AGAUCCCUCCUUUGGAGUUUUGCAGUGAGCCCAGGUUACAGCUGCAAAUCAAAAGACAAGGGAUUAUGCUGAGUAAUUCUUUUUGAAUUAUUGAACAGUCAGUUAUUGAAUGUGCCAUUGGAGUCAUCAGUUGAGAUGCUUCCAUUGACUGGGAAAACAAUAAUAUUUGAUAGUUUUCCUGACCCCUCAGAUACCUGGGAAAUAAUUGAGACUAUUGGCAAAGGAACUUACGGGAAAGUUUUCAAGGUAUUAAAUAAGAAAAAUGGCAGCAAAGCAGCAGUCAAAAUCUUGGAUCCUGUUCAUGAUAUUGAUGAAGAAAUUGAAGCUGAGUACAACAUUUUGAAAGCUCUCUCUGAUCAUCCCAAUGUAGUCAAAUUCUAUGGCAUGUACUACAAGAAAGAUGUGAAAAAUGGAGACCAGCUUUGGCUUGUUCUUGAGCUGUGCAAUGGUGGAUCUGUGACUGAUCUUGUGAAAGGAUUUCUGAAGAGGGGUGAAAGAAUGAAUGAACUUAUAAUUGCUUACAUCUUACACGAAGCUCUGAUGGGACUUCAGCAUUUGCAUGAAAACAAAACUAUCCACCGUGAUAUUAAAGGAAAUAAUAUCCUUUUGACUACUGAAGGAGGAGUCAAGCUUGUGGAUUUUGGUGUGUCUGCUCAGCUGACCAGCACUCGGCUCCGCCGGAACACCUCUGUGGGCACCCCGUUCUGGAUGGCUCCAGAGGUGAUUGCCUGUGAGCAACAGCUGGAUAGCUCCUAUGAUGCCAGAUGUGAUGCAUGGUCACUGGGUAUUACUGCAAUAGAGCUGGGAGAUGGAGAUCCACCACUUGCUGAUUUGCACCCUAUGAGGGCACUCUUCAAAAUACCAAGGAAUCCUCCUCCAACACUACAGCAGCCUGAACUGUGGUCAUCUGAAUUCAAUGACUUCAUUAACAAGUGCUUAACUAAAGACUAUGAGAAGCGCCCAACGGUAUCUAGUCUUUUGCAGCAUGAUUUUAUUAGGCAGAUUGAAGGAAAGGAAAACAUGCUACAAAGACAACUUAUGGAAUUUAUUGAUGUUCAUCAACAAAUGGGAGUCACUGAAAAGGCAAGAUUUGAACGUAUUCAUACGAAGAAAGGGAACUACAGUAAGUCACUAGUUUCAAACCAAGAAGAUGUAGAUGAUUUAGCAACCUUGGAGGUACUGGAUGAGAAUACAGUGACAGAGCAGUUGCAGAAGAGUUAUGCCAAGGAUCAGAUCUACACAUAUGUUGGGGACAUCCUCAUAGCUGUCAAUCCAUUUCGGAAUGUAGACAUUUAUUCUUCACAGCAUUCCAAACUGUAUAUUGGAGCCAAACGGACUGCCAACCCUCCUCACAUUUUUGCUGUUGCUGACAUUGGUUAUCAGUCCAUGGUGACAUACAACUCUGAUCAGUGCAUCGUUAUUUCUGGGGAAAGUGGAGCUGGCAAGACACAAAGUGCCCAUCUUCUGGUUCAGCAGCUCACUGUCCUGGGCAAGGCUAAUAACAGGACUCUACAGGAGAAAAUCCUCCAGGUGAAUAACCUUGUAGAAGCAUUUGGAAAUGCAGGCACUAUCAUCAAUGAUAACUCCAGCAGAUUUGGAAAAUAUUUGGAAAUGAAAUUUACUUGUGGUGGCACUGUAGUAGGAGCUCAGAUUUCAGAGUACCUCCUUGAAAAAUCCAGAGUUGUCCACCAGGCAGUAGGAGAGAAAAAUUUCCAUAUUUUUUAUUAUAUUUAUGCUGGUCUUGCAGAAAAGAAAAAACUGGCACAUUACAAAUUGCCAGAAUACAGACCUCCCAGAUAUCUGCAAAACGAUCAUUUCAGAAUAGUGCAAGACUUUAUGAACAACAGCUUUUAUAAGUCGCAGUUUGAAUUAAUUGAACAGUGCUUCAAAGUCAUAGGUUUUACACUGGAGGAACUUGGAAGCGUAUACAGUGUUCUGGCUGCCAUUCUAAAUGUGGGUAACAUUGAAUUUUCCGCAGUGGUAUCUGAACACAUGAUUGACAAGAGCAACAUUUCCAAUCCAGUAGCCCUUGAAAAUUGUGCAUCCUUGCUGUGUAUUCAGGCAGACGAGCUGCAAGAGGCGCUCACCUCUCACUGUGUAGUGACUCGAGGAGAAACAAUUAUUCGUCCCAAUACCGUGGAAAAAGCCACUGAUGUCAGAGAUGCCAUGGCCAAAGCUCUCUACGGGCGCCUGUUCAGCUGGAUAGUCAAUCGCAUCAACACUCUUCUCAAACCUGACAAACAUUUAAGUGGAAGUGAUGAUGGUUUGAACAUUGGAAUUCUUGAUAUCUUUGGCUUUGAGAAUUUCAAGAAGAAUUCUUUUGAACAACUCUGUAUCAACAUUGCCAAUGAACAGAUUCAGUUCUACUUCAAUCAACACGUCUUUGCCUGGGAACAGAAUGAGUACCUGUAUGAAGGUGUUGAUGCAAGAGUUAUAGAAUAUGAGGACAACAGGCCGCUCUUAGAUAUGUUCUUGCAGAAACCAAUGGGCUUAUUAUCCCUGCUUGAUGAAGAAAGUCGAUUCCCACAAGCAACAGAUCAGACACUUGUAGAAAAAUUUGAGGAUAAUUUGAAGUCAAAGUAUUUUUGGAGACCCAAAAGAGUAGAUUUAACAUUUGGGAUUUAUCAUUAUGCAGGAAAGGUUCUGUAUAAUGCAAGUGGAUUCCUGGCCAAAAAUAGAGAUACUCUGCCAGCUGAUAUUGUGCUGCUUCUGCGAUCAUCUGAAAACAAUCUGAUACGACAGUUGGUAAUGCAUCCUCUUACAAAAACAGAAUCUAUACAGAAUGGAGCCCCUGCCAUCUCAAGCUGCAGGGGAGGGACUGGUCUGGUCAAGUGCGAAGGAAGUGGUAGAGGCUUCUUUCAGGGUCGCCUCUUCAGGUUAGGGGCUCGGGACAGGGAGUGGAGUACAUCUCUUGAGUUGAGGACUGAACAAAAAGGAUCAGGUAACCUGGCACACAGUAAAAGCAAAACUACAAUCAGUUACCAGAUGUGGACCCCCCAGAAAUCAAUCAGUCGCACAAAGAAUGAAUCAGGAGAUACUGGACAUCAUCCAAGAGAGACAACCAGUAUGAAAACACAAACAGUCGCUUCUUAUUUCAGAUACUCACUCAUGGAUUUGUUAUCCAAAAUGGUGGUUGGCCAGCCUCAUUUUGUCCGGUGCAUCAAGCCAAACAAUGACCGGCAGGCAAACAAGUUUGAUAAAGAAAAAGUGCUGGUUCAGCUGCGUUACACAGGAAUUCUGGAGACAGCAAGGAUUCGAAGACAGGGUUAUUCACACCGCAUACUCUUUGCUAACUUCAUAAAACGGUAUUAUCUCAUCUGUUACAAAACAAAUGAUGAUCCUCCAGUCAGCCCAGAAACUUGUGCUGCCAUCUUGGAAAAAGCCCACCUUGACAACUGGGUUCUUGGAAAAACUAAAGUAUUUCUCAAAUACUAUCACGUGGAACAGCUGAAUUUAAUGCGCAAAGAGACAGUUGAUAGGAUUAUAUUGAUUCAAGCUUAUGUCAGAGGAUGGCUGGGCUCAAGGAGAUACAAAAAGAUAAAGGAACAAAGGGAACAAAGCGCUAUUAAAAUACAAUCAGCUUACAGGGGUUUUGUUGCUCGCAAAGAAUACCAGAAUGCAAAACAGAAUCAAAAAAUUGAAAAAUACAUCAUCAGACUUCAAGCAAUUGCCAGAGGAUACUUACUCAGGAAGAAGAGAAAAGAACUAACUGAUGAAAGGAACAAAGCAGCAACAACAAUUCAAUCUCACUACAGGGGAUAUAAGGAGAGGAAGAGCUUCAAAAAGAGAAGAGAAUCUCUUAGAAAGAAAGAAACUGAGAAUGCAGCAUCCUCUAGUGAAAAGGAAAAGGACAAAGAACUUCAAGAAAAUGAGGAACGUACAGCUAGAGUGAAGAGUGCCCUUCCUAAAACAGAAGAAGAAGCAGCUAUCGUUGUUCAAAGCAAUUACAGGGGCUACAGAGCCCGUAAAAAAAUAAAGGAAGAACGCAAAAAAAUAGCAGAGGAAGAAUUAUCUGUUGUGGAAUAUCUUGAAGCACAGCUGCAGCCAGCUGAAGAUGUUACACUGGAAGAAGCAGAGAAUGAGGAGACUCAAGGAGAAGGUGUUGAUGAUAAUGAGCACACUGGGAAUGGUGACAUAGGAAAUUUACAGGAGCAAAAGGUAAUAUCUACUAAAGAGAGAGCUUCUGUGAAGCAGAGGCCUGCAGUAGAGCAUUCUGAUGAAGGUGAAGAACAGGCAUCCUCGAAGGAAUCAUCCAGCAAAGCUUCUGUCAAAAUCACAGCUGAACCUGGUCCUCAGCAGGAGCAAGCUAACCAAGACACGCUCAGCGCAGAUGGGCAAAAUCAAGAAUCUGCUGUGGUCCAGCCUGAGACCAACAAGGAUAUGGAAAGAAACGAUCUAAAACAAGAAAUGAUACCUACAGGAUGUAAAGGAAUUGUAAGAAAAGAGUCUGUAAGAGGUUCACAAAAGCAAACUGAAGCAGAACAACAAAGUUUAGAGGACAAAGAGAAAGCAGCAGUGGUUAUUCAGAGCAAUUACCGGGGUUACAGAAGGAGAGGACAACUCAGAAAAGAAGGGAAAUUACCUUGCAAAAGUCAAGAGAACACUGCAAAGGAGUCAACAGAAGCAGUACACAUUCAAAAUAAAGAUCCCCAAACAAAAAAAAAUAAGGAAAGCACUGUGAAAGAGGCUGAGGGCUCUAAGACACAGAAGGGAGGAUCUGAAAAAGAGACUUGUGAUUUGGCAGCCUUUUCACGGCAGAUAUCAAAAUUAUCUGAAGACUACUUAGCAUUGCAGCAAAAAUUAAAUGAAAUGAUAUUGUCACAUCAGCUGAGACCUGUGAUGAUGUCCAAAGAUAAGCAAACUAACAACCAACAUUCUGCUCAUGUUUGUCAGUCAGUUACAGCCAAAGUAGAAGACACUCGCCCCCUGAAAAGACCCCCAAGGAGGCCGCGGAAGCCCAAGACAUUAAAUAACCCUGAAGACUCCACCUACUACACUUUAAUACAUAAAUCAGUACAAGAUGAAAAACGGAAACCAAGAAAAGAAAGUCUGGGCAAGGUGCUAGAUUUAGAUAUCUACUACCAUGAAAUUUCAUCUACCGGUUCCACCUCAAAGGACAGCAGCUCUACCACAAAAAGGAAGAGACAUCCCGUCGAGCGCAGAACUUCAACUUUAAGAACUACUGAGAGGUCAAGGGUUGCGGAGAGCUCCCUGGAAGAAAGCAGAGCAGAAGAUAAUCCCUAUGACUACCGGAGGCUGCUGCGGAAGACCUCGCAGCGCCGGCGCCUUAUCCAGCAGUUCUAGCCCCGCUGCCGUUUGCUGUUAUUAGCAUCAUCUUUUUUAUCAUUUUAUACCACAUGCUUCCUUUUUUUUCUUUUUUUUUUUUUUAAAUCUCUGACAUUUCAGGUUUACAACAUGUGUGUUCAUGUCAGUACGAAUUACUGUAGUUUACAGCCCAACACCGAUGCAAAGGGACACCAUCACUGCUGGAUAUACCUUUAGAAAAAUAAGGAAUCAGGUUUCCUUCAGAUACCACUACUGCAUCUUAAAAUUAUUAAGCAUUAAGCAGCCUAAAUGUAGGUUACCUUCCUCGGUGCGUGUUGUUUUCCUCUCUGCAUUUAAUCACUCUUACCCAAUUAAAAUAAACCAUAUAGUUUAUCAUUUCCUCAUUAAGCCUCCAAAAUCCCAUAGGCACCUCCAGAAAACCUUAGUUAUUGUUUCUAGUAAAUUGUUUUACAGGAAGAAAUAAAUGACAAGGACAUCACAGGGGAAUUUCUAUUUAUUUUAGGUUUACAAUGCCUAAAUUUUGGGAUAAGCUCUAUGUGGUAUGUGUCCCUCUAAUGAAAACAAAUGAUUAAUUGAUCGCGUUCUGUAGCAGUUUAUUUCACUACUGACUUUCCUGUAAGCCAGUGGCCAGCAAUAAAGGUUAGCACUGCAUGUAGCAUUGGAGAUGUCGGAGGAUGGAAGGACCCAGCUCUCCUCACCCCGUCACUAACAGAGCACUUGGAUCAUGUUUGCUUUGAUCUGCUUUGCAUUAGAUUUUUAGGAACCUUAAUCUCUGGGGUGCCAAGAAAGGAACAGAAAGAUGCUCUCCGGUUGAUUGCUGCCUAAAUGUAAUGAUCAUUCUUAAUCAGUUCCACUAGAAAUUAAAUGGAAAUAAAGGCGAUAGCCACCGUGUUCAAAAUUUCCCCUGAUUCCUUAUUCACAAGCCCUUAUUUUGCCUUAUUAUGCAGAUAAUUGCCGUUAUUCCUUUCAGGGUUCAUAAUUGCAUGUUGCCAGCUGUAACUACAAGGGGAGGCAGAUUUUGGGAAGCUAGCAGGAAGGCCUGGCCGUGCCCCUGCCGCGCUCCAUAGAGGCUACAAUAGCACAGGUUGGGGCUUUGUCCCCCCGCACACACAGCCCUCAGUGAGGGGUGGGCCGCCAUCACCUCCGGACCUCUCACUGGCAGCAGGGCCACAGCACCGGGUUACAACGUGCUGCGAUGUAAAAUUUGCGAUAAAUCAUUUAAAUUUUAAAAUCUGCGUUAAAGUUGCUUUCUCGAAUACUAUUCAAACGGUACCGUUAAUAACAAUGCGCGAGGCAGGGACGCGGCUGCCCGGGCCUCAGUUACUCCCAGCACCGACAGAACAGCGCAGCGGGACCGCCGCGCCGUCCCCGCCGAGAGGCGCAGCCAAGGCCGUGCCCUGGGGCUCAGCUCGCGGGGCGCGGGUGCGACCCGGGUGUGCGAGAGCAGCGCACAGCGCGGUCCGAGGGGCUGGGCGGCGGAGCGGCGGCUCGAGGGGAGCAGCGGAGCAUUCAUUCCUAGGGCGGCGACGGGAGAGAAGCGAAGGGCUGCCCCGCCCUAGUCGCCCGCUCGCAGCCGCGGGGGGUUGCCCCGGGAAAGGGUGAGGGAAGACGGGGAUUUCUCAGCGCUUCGCGGGUCGUUGGCAGAGGGGAAGCCUUCCCGCCGCUCUGGGCACAGGUGUCCCUGCCCUCCUCUCGGGGCUGCACAGCCGUAGCUGCGGUGCGAGAGAACACCCUCCGCUCCACCCAGCGCUGUGCCGGUGCUCUCCGUUCAUCCCGUCCCGUCGGUGCCCGCCCGGAGGUAUCCCGCCGCCGCCGAAGCGCCUCCCCCCGAGCCGUAGGAACGGCCCGGCCCGGCCCG